AUGCCAGCCGAGGACUCAGCAAGUAGCGAGGGGCGCGCGCCCCUUCAAGAGAAACGCAAGCGCGUGGCAUCCGACGAGACAACGGCCAGCGCACGUCGACCGCCGAACAAGAGAGCCCGAUUGGCAGCAGAUCUCAGCCUCAGCCAGCCCGAUGACCGGAGAGCGCUCGAGGCGGUCGAGUCCAAGUACGACGUACAGGUCCACUCCAUCGUGUCCUCGACCAAGAUCCAGACAAAGGUCAUUUCCGCUCUGCGCCACCUGAGCGAAUCUGCCCCCGCCGAUGCCGACCUCGUGUCGGGUAAGCAGCGCAUCGUCGUACUCAAAGGAGCUGCUGCCGUCGCAGGAAAGCUUGUCAGUAUAGCUGAAAUUGCGAAACGCGAAGUGGCGGCACACGAGAACGGGGCUUGGUUUCAGUACAUCGCACUUGGGCAAGAAAUCAAGGAGACGCACAGGGAGAAACCCGUCAUUGUCGAAGAGACAAUACUCGAUGGACGCAAUAAAUCGAACAAUCACGAACCGGAAGAGGAUGAGGAGGACGAUUUCGAGUACAUGAAGACGCCCUUUGAGCGAGCACUCGAAGGCAAGCCGAAGAAGCAUGCAGUCGCUAUCAUGAGUUUGUUUCUAUCUCGGGCCUCGGUCGAGGAAUUGAAGCGAAGAUUCAGCGAACAAAGCGGCACGAGUUCAACCCAGAUAAAGACAUGA